UCGGCCCUUCCCGUCAAUCUUCGGUUAAGAUCGGAUAUUAAUUCAUUCAUGAUUAUGUAAAACGAUACUCUGUGAGCUGCGAAGGGAGCGUAGUGAUCUGACAUUCAUAGGAAAAUAAAGUCUGUUUUGGUACAAUUAUGAUUGAAUAUAUGUCUGACAGUGUAGCAAACAUGCAAGGGAUUGUAGACGUCAUUCUUGCGUUCUGUUUUGUUAAUUGUAUUGCGGUGCAAGCGUCAAACAAUGUGGAGGAGAAACUAUUAGACAAGGUUGCCGAGCUGGACCAGAAAGUAAAACAGCUGGAAGUCAAUGUCAACAAAAGAGGACAUGCGUCGUACCAAGAUAAGGAGGAAAUAUUAGCAACGGUCCGCAACCUGGAACAGAAAGUAUUCCAGCUGGAACAAGAAAUCUACAUGCAAAAAAGAGACAAAGUAUCUACCAGGUGCGAAGAUGGUUGGGAAUAUAACGAUGGAUCUUGUUACUUGCUAGUGGAGGAUGAGUUACCAUUUUUAAAAGCAGAAGUCGCAUGUAUAAACCACAAUGCUUAUUUAGUCCAUAUAAAUAACGCAGACGAAAACACGUUCCUUAAAACCUAUCUGAGUGAAUCAAAAGGUUCUAACGUUUGGAUUGGAUUGGCAGAUGUUUUUAAAAGAGGCAUCUACCAAUGGAUUGACGACAAAUCGACACCCUAUUUUGAAGACUGGGCGCGUAAACAACCUGGCAUUUCCAAGACUGGUAUGGUACAUUGCGUAAAUAUGCUCGCCGGAAGGAAUUACGAAUGGAUUGACCGGAUCUGUGAUGAUCCUUUAAUGUUCAUUUGUGAAAAGAAAAUGACAGAUUUGAAAUAAAUAUAGAUAAAAAAUAUUCAGAAAACAACAACAACAAACAUUGAAAGGAACAUUAUAAACAACUUCUUAACUAGUAAAUAGAACAUUUUAUAGGUUUUAUCAAUUGCAAUUUAUUAAAGUGAUAUACCCUUUUUAACUCAUAAACAUAUGGAAAGUUGUAUACAGUAUGUAUGUUUGGCUUAUGAAUGUUCUCGAUUAAAGAAAUAAUAAUCAAUCAUA